AUGGACGCGGGAAACGUCUCGGGUUUGUCACCGUUUGUUCCUGGGGACACGUCCACGGUGUCUGCUAGGUGGAAAAAGUGGAAGCGAUCCUUCAACAUCUUCUUGGACGUACACAAUGUUACGAUUGCUGCUCGCCAAAAAUCGUACCUCCUACACUACGUGGGACCACAAGUUCAAGACGUCUUCUUCAGUCUACAAGGGAAUGAUGCACCGGCAGUUCCGGAGGGCUCGGACGUGUUCAAGGAGGCGGUCAAGCUUCUAGACGAAUACUUCCUCCCGAUGAAGUGCCUGCCGCUGGAACGGCACAAGUUCCGGAACCUGGAGCAGAACGAAGACGAGCCAAUCGAAGGAUUCGUUCUCCGGCUGCGCGAGCAGGGUAACCUCUGUGAAUAUGGUGACCAUCUGGAGGAAGAGAUCAAGGAACAGCUUUUUGAGAAGGGAGUAUCGGACGAUCUUCGGGCUACGAUCCUGAACAAGCCGCAGAUGACCCUGGCGGAAACGAUCGAAGCGGGGCGCUCGUUAGAGACCAUCGGAAAGCACCGAAAGACGACGAUGUUUAGCCCGCAACUGGAGGAGGUAUAUAAAGUCAGUAGAUCAAAAAACAACAUUAAAGGGAAGUGCUAUCGCUGUGGAAGAUCUGGCCACUUUGCCAACGACGAAUCCUGUCCUGCUCUGAACCGUAAGUGCGAGCGCUGCGGACAUGUUGGGCACUUUAAGAAGAGAUGUAACACGAAGCAGCGGAAGAAGGAGGGCAAGUGGCGGCGGCAGGUGAUGAGUGAUUCGUAUGACUCUGACGAUUCAAAGCAGCAAAGCGGAAGCGAUUCAGAGGAGGAAAAUGUGCAGUAUUUGUUUGCGAUGGAACCGGUCGAAGAAGCGAAAGCAGUUUGUACGGUUGGAGGUGUAAGUGUGAAGUGGGUGGUUGAUUCAGGUGCAGGCGUAAACGUCAUCGAUCGCCAAACCUGGGAACGCCUAAAGGAAAAGGAAGUGAGCGUCAGUCACCAGAGCACCGGGGUAAGAGCAACGUUGAAGACGUAUGCUGGACAAAAUGUAACUGUCGCGGGAAUGUUUUGUUCCCAAUUGGCCACUAAGAAGAAGACCGUACGUGCAGAGAUCUACGUGGUGGAAGAUGGAACGUGCUGUUUACUAGGCCGAAAAACAGCGGUGGCGCUCGGAAUUCUCAACAUCAGCGCAGAAGGCCAGAGGAGGAACGGAACCCGGACACGAACCGGAACAGCAAAGUUUUAA